UGCUGCUAUUUUCUGGGCAUCGGGCCCAAUUUUUGCUUCAUUCUGUCUUGAGUCCACACUGCGUCGUGGAUGCUGCACCCAAAGAUGGAGCCUGUGUGGAUGAGCACAUCCAGGCUGCUCCAAACCCUGAGGCAGCUCUUCGUGCCACCCAUCAUCCUGCCACCAGCAAGGUUUUCAGCCCCAGCCACACAAAUGUGAAGCAGGGCCCCAGGGAUGCAACACAACAGGACAGUGGCUGCUGACCCCAUGCCAUGGCCUUCCCCCCUCUGGAGAGGUCUGGUGAGGACCAACCCGCUUUGGCAGUGAGAUGGGGUGAACGAGCACAGCGAGGCAGCGCUGGCAGGAGCAGGAGCUGUGCGAGAGCCGAGCUGGCGGCAGCAGCAUGCGCGCGGCUGAGGCUCAGGGUGUGAGAGCCACCUAAGGUGCCUGCCGGAGCAUCCCCCUCGCCUGCCGCUUCUUCCCCCGGCGGAAACUUCACAGAUCCCUCCCGCACGGUCCGGGCUUCUCCGGGGGAGCUUGGCAUCGACAGCCGCAUGCAUGACACUCCGAAAAGGAGAGAAAAUGACCAUAAGUAUCCAGGAGCACAUGGCAAUUGACGUCUGCCCCGGCCCCAUCAAACCCAUCAAGCAGAUCUCCGACUACUUCCCCCGCUUCCCCCGCGGGCUGCCCGCCGCCGUUGGCCGCAGCGGCGCCCUGCGCUCCGCCGUCAGCCAGCCCUCCGUCAGCCCCGCCGAGGCGCCCCGCGAGGAGGACGAGGACGUGGACCAGCUUUUCGGGGCGUAUGGCACAACACCUGCCGAGCAGCCAGCCAAGUCCCAAGCACCUGAGGAGGUGGUGGACCCCGAGGGCUACGAGUCCGACGACUGCACUACUCUGGGGACUCUGGAUUUCAGCCUGCUCUAUGAUCAAGAAAACAACGCUCUGCACUGCACGAUCAAUAAAGCCAAGGGCCUGAAGCCGAUGGACCAUAAUGGUUUGGCUGAUCCAUACGUCAAAUUGCACUUGCUUCCUGGAGCCAGUAAGGCGAACAAGCUGAGAACCAAAACGCUGCGCAACACCCUGAACCCCACCUGGAAUGAGACACUCACCUACUACGGCAUCACCGACGAGGACAUGAUCCGCAAGACCCUGCGGAUCUCAGUUUGUGACGAGGACAAGUUCCGCCACAACGAGUUCAUCGGGGAGACGCGGAUCCCACUGAAGAAACUGAAGCCCAACCAGACCAAAAACUUCAGCAUCUGCCUGGAGAAGCAGCUGCCGAUAGAUAAAACAGAGGACAAGUCUCUGGAGGAGCGUGGCCGGAUCCUCAUCUCCCUCAAGUACAGCUCCCAGAAGCAGGGGCUGCUGGUGGGCAUCAUCCGCUGCGCCCACCUGGCUGCCAUGGAUGCCAACGGCUACUCCGACCCCUACGUCAAAACUUACUUGAAACCAGAUGAGGACAAGAAAUCAAAGCAUAAGACAGCAGUGAAGAAGAAGACGCUGAACCCCGAGUUCAAUGAGGAGUUUUGCUAUGAGAUAAAGCAUGGUGACCUGGCAAAAAAGACCUUGGAAGUCACAGUUUGGGACUACGAUAUCGGGAAAUCAAAUGACUUCAUAGGUGGAGUGGUGUUGGGAAUCAACGCCAAAGGCGAGCGCCUGAAGCACUGGUUCGACUGCCUGAAAAACAAAGACAAGAAGAUCGAGCGCUGGCACACGCUCACCAACGAGCUGCCGGGUGCCGUCCUGAGCGACUGAGCACCCCGGGCUGCUCCUGGGCAGGACCAGCUCCACAGCCACAGCCUUUGGACUUCUCUCCUUUAUGGCUUUGGAGUCAGGGGAUCGUGGUACUGGGAGAGCGGGACACCCCACGGCACAGCAUGGCUGCAGGGAAACCCUUCCAGGGACCGAGGCAGUGGUGGUUUGCUCUGCUCAGCAGGUCCUGUUCCCUGAGGCUUUUCCAAAAUGCCUGUUUGCACCCUGACACACUCCCACGUGUGCACACACACGUGUGCACAGGCACAGACACCACGCACCUGCAUGCACUGCAGCUCCGACUCCUCACUCUUUGCUAUACUGAACUACCUUCUUGCUGCCUUGCAACUCAGUGGCAAAAAUGAAUGCAUCAGUCUCCUUUCGUGUACCUACUAUGAGCAAAAGGCAUCACUAAAACCUGGAACUGUUUCCUCAAGGCAAUUGUGCCAUAUUUCUGGUGGUUUGUCAGUCUCCGUGGUUUGGGCCUAAACAGUCUUUUAUGCAUUUAAAGCUCCUCCAUUGGAAUGAUUGUGUUCCCUGAUAACCUAGGAAGACUGUUUGCUUUUCUUCCAGAGAUGUUGUGCUUGUCCUCUCCAGUAACACAGUGAAUUACCCAACAAGGUGGAAGUGCUGAACAGACCACAGGUUCCCUCUAGACCUCCCCACGAUCGGUUGGCUUCACAUUUGCAGAAGUGGGGAGGUAAAAGCUCAGUGAAGCCACCACCCAUUCCUCCUUCCCAGGACCAGCAGCUAAGUCUUCAGCCACUCUCCUAACAAAAGCAUUCCUUCCCACCAGGAGCCAGGCUUCACCACAGCUAUUUUUUUUCCACCCAAGCUAGUUUUCAGGCUAAAUUUUUCUCUUUUCCCUUAUCCCAUUGACCUAAAACAAGGUGUUUUACACGGCGAACUCUUGGCGUGCAGCCAGCCAAGCCAGCCUCGUGGUUGCCGAGAUGCUCAGUUGGUCCGUUUUCUGCCUCAAAUAGUGUUCAAACCAAAUUUCUUUGUAUAGCACAGUAAUAAUAAUAUUAUAAUAAUCAUCCCAGCUGUCAUCCUCAGUGACCCAAGCUGGUUGGUUUCUGCAUCCUCACCCCACCCUCAUCCUGGUGGGAUGAGCUGAAUCUUCCUGCAAGGUUCUGCACCUCACCUCUAAUUUUCUCCUCUGUCCUGCACAAGGAAUCUGGUGCCUGCUGCACCAUGCUUACUAUAAUUUUAAAUCAAGGACACAUUUGCUGAUGUACUGCUCACUUCGGGACACACCACUCAUUCUUCUUCCGUUUGCUGCCUUUUAUUUUCAUCCUUUUGAGUUUGACCUAAUCCAGCUGCUUCUUCCAGGAAGUCUUCAUCAAGUUCUGGGUAACUGGCAAAGAUUUCGUUGACUUCAAAGCUACAGAGGCUGUCAUCCACAUCACUGCGGGUCAUCUGGAGAUCAGAAGCUACAUCACCAUUUUUGUCCUGUGCAACUGGCUGUAGACUGGUUGAUGCCUCUUGGUCCAUAAAAGGACUCUUCUCCUCACACAAAGGAGAGUAUCUUGGGCAAGAAGAGAUGCCUGAAAAUUGGAAGUGUUAAACCAUUUCUCCAGGUGUCCAUCAGACACCGACUUCCAUUGACACAGUGUUUUUCACACACACCGGUGCCUGGUGAGUUGAGCUGAAUCUUUCUGUGAAAUGCUGCACCUCACCAGAAGUUUCUGAAGCCUUUAAACCGUGAUUUCUUAGGAAAAGCUGCUGUUUUCCCAUCACUCUGAAUUACCUUCAGUUUCUGAGCUGUUUUUUAGGAAACCUACAUUUACUUUUCAAAGUGAUGAUCAUGUUAAACCUUGUUUGAUAUGGAGGGGAAAACAACACCCAACAAUGUUCAUAAGGUAUUUUUUAAUAAUAUUUGUAAUGCAUUCUACAGAUAUGCAUGGAUUUUUAUUUGAAUGCCAGCAGUGAGUCAAGUAGGACAUUCCUGGUAAUCCUCUGUCUGUCACUGGUCCAGCACAUGAAAACCUCAUUUGGGUCUGAGCUUCCAGGAGAGCGCCGGGAGUGCCAGGUCGGCUGCGCCUCCCUGUUCUUGCUAAGUUACCUUCAGUGCAUCUUUUGUUUCAGCCCAUCUUGCCAUGAAAUGUUCAUGCCUGUGGUGGAGUAGGACAUGUGUGUGUGUGGGUGUGUGUGGGUUCCUUCACUUUGUAUCCCAGUCUUUUCUAAGCGGAUGGUCUGUCUAUCCAUCCCAGCUGCAUGCAGAGUGGUCGUCAUGCCAGGCCUUGUGAUAUGUUUGAUACUGAUGUUUUGCUACCAUGUGAAGGCUGCAGAAACUGU